AUGAAAUUGCUUUUGGUAAUAGUGUUGUCAGUUUUGGCUGCUGCUGUUAAGUCGAGUAUUAUACCAGCAAAUCCCAUCACAACCACCUAUGCUUUGCCAGCUGCACCAGUGGCUACCUCUUAUCAAGUUGUGUCUCGCAAUGUCAAUCGUGUAAUUGUGCCUCAUGUGCCCUCUAUAACCACCUCAGCGGUAGCAUAUCCCGGCUAUGCCUCCACCUGGGGCAGUUAUCCCUAUAACUAUCGUUAUGGCUUUGGCUAUGGUUAUCCUUAUGGCCAUGUUCACAACUAUGGCUACGGUUAUGGUUAUCCUUAUGGUUAUGGAGCCACUGUUUGGUAAUUCUUAUAUUUUAUUAGUAGACUAACCUUAAGACUGUGUAAAACCAAAUAUAAAUAAAACAAAUAAAUAAAAUACCCACCACCCUUCAAAA